AUGAUCGUCGUUGUCAAAGCUACGAGUUCACGGCCCUACAAUGCUGGCUUAUCGCCGACUCCGCCUCCAAGACUUGAAGCCAGAGACAGCCUUACCAGUAGACCAACCAAUUUCUGCGGCUACUACACUCUCGAGGAAGACAAAUUAAUUAGAACACACCAAUGUCCGCCGAAUGAGGCUUGCAAGAUAUCUGACGGGUUCAUCGGCUGCAAUAAUAUCGCGUAUUCGGUGUGCGCGAACGCACGGGAGAUCCAGGGUUGUCAAUCUGGGAAGACAGUCGGCGCCGGCACACUUUGUUGUCGCGAAACUUCCGGCUGGGUGCCGGCAUGCCAGACAUAUGUCCGAGACGAUGCCGAACUGGGAAUCAAGAAAUUGUAUGGAUGCCGCGAUGUUGCGCUCGCCUGGGAUAAGACGGUCACCUUGCACUGGGCAACGAGUUUACUGGUUCAGAUAGACUCUAUCACCCUACCUGCGCCAUGUACGACAACCACCGGAAGCAUCUUGGCUGCUGGAUCUUCUAUCGAGGCCCGGACAUCUGAAGCUCCGGCGAUAUCUUCCUCUACAACAGAACCUGCGCCCACUUUGCCCUCUGCUUCGGAAUCUUCUGACACAAGCAACGAAAACUCGUCUUCUUCACAAGCUGGGGUCAUUGUGGGAGGUGUCAUAGGCGGUAUUGCCAUUGUAGGCGCCAUCUCGUGCUUCGUCCUUUGGCUUCUUGUCCGGCGACGUCGAAGUCUAGAAGCAAAAGCAGAGACAGUGGGCAGGCGGCUUGAGACACCGAUGGCUGAGCUUCAGGGGGACGAGCCUGAUGAUCCUCAGAACAGGGAGCACGGUGAGUAUCGGCCUACGGCGUUAGUGCCUCCGGCACCGCCGGAGUCGCCCGUCAUCAGAGUGUCGGCGCCGAGGAUCUCGACCGCUUCGGUAUGUAAGACGCCGUCAGGCAAUCAGCUUGGUAGCCCAACUACGCCGGCAGAGCUGGAUUCGUAG